AUGGCCAACGCUACUAGUCGUACUGCUAGCGCCACUGCGCCAAAGAAGCCUCCUCACGGCGUGCCAGUGAAUUCUGGGUCCGAGCUCAAAUCCACCCCGCUUGCAGUUGGCUCUGCCUCCGUCAGCGAACAUAUCAGUACUGUAGGUGUCAAUCUGAAGAGCAGAGUAGAAGAUCAGAUGUACAAGCCUUUUAUCCAGGCUUCGAACCUUGCGCUUGACCGAUUGAGCAAACUGAACAUGCCUGGAUUGGUUUGUUUGAAGACGCACGACAAUCACAAGAUCCUGUUUCAUCAAAAUGAUCCAAAGAACAUAACCCAAAAGCACCAAGGAGAGAAGUCCACACACAGACCUGAUGUCAUCAUCGUCUCCCGCACAGGUGCUAAGAAGGUGCAGAAGCAGGCAGAAUUCAAACACAACAAGAUUCGGACCGGUCUUUCAAAGCCACCUGCGACUUAUGCAGCGAAGGCUUACGAUGUCCCUGAAGCGAAGAAGUAUAUGAAGUAUCAUAGGAAAACAAACGACACCACUGAGCCAACGGGCUUGACUCCUUUGCCUGGCAGCGGCGCUGCUACGAGCUCGUGCCAGACAUCAGCUGUGCGUGGACGUUCAAAACGGUCUGGGUCACUGAACAAGAAGAAGUGCAGCUCUAGUCAAGCACUCGACGGUCACAGCAGCAAGAAACUUAAAGUCAAUAAUAAUGGGGAGGAACCUCCCAAGCCGCCCAAAGACCCACAAGACAUUCAUCCCAUUGUCCAGAAUGGUUUGUACGCUGCGGAGUUGUUUGCAGCCCAUAUCAUGCGGGAGAACGUCAUUACCUAUGUGGUGGAUGACGACAUGAUUUACAUGUUGUAUUUUGAUUGGCAGGACGCGAUUCAAUGCUCCGGCAUCAACUUUGUGCAAGACCUUCCACGGUUCAUGGUUUUGCUGCUUGCUAUCCAGCGAAUGCCAUUCGGGGAAUGGGGCCACAAUCCGGUAUUCGAGCCUAAGGAUGGAUCUUCGAGUGAGGUUCGGGUCCCAGAUGAGGACAUUGGAGAGGUCGACCUUGAAUUCGAUUUGAAGUCUGACAAGUGUACCACUCACUUCAGUCUGCGCAGAUGUGCGACCACCAUAUUUCCAGUUAAAAGCAAGAAGCUGUCAGCUCUGGUGCCAAGUCUUCCUCAUCAUAAUCCUCAUAAUGCUACCGACAAGCUGGUUGUGAAGCUCUAUUGGCCAGAAGAAGAGCGUGAGAGCGAGGUUGAAAUACUCCGAAAGUUUGAGGAUACAUUCACGGCGAAGAUCAGGAGGGCGUUAGGACUUAAGGAUGCUGAACGAGGCAGGCGCGUCCUGUACAUUAUCGUAUUCAGAGAGCUUGACCCUAUCACGGACCUGAGCGACAAGGAGUUCCUCGCCGCAUGGUGGCACAUCAUCGUCUCACCAGGUCACUAUGCCCUCUGGGGGGAAAAUGUCCAUCACCGCGAUGUUAGCCCUAGCAAUCUCAUGGUCUACAAGACAUUAAAUGGCCAGGAGCGUACAGGGACAGUGCCUUUCAUGGCCCUUGACCUGCUCACAAAGGAAGGCAUUGAAGGCAAGGUGAAGCACAUGUAUCAGCACGACGCUGAAUCAUUCAUAUGGGUCCUGACCUGGAUCUGUCUUCGUUAUCAAGAGGGCAAGCUGCUGCGCCAGGGCAGGCUGCUUGAUGAAUGGCUGAGAGUGGAUGCUAUUCAGUGCAGGAAGGAAAAGAAUGACUUCUUAAUGUCGGAUCGUCACAUUAAGGCCUCACCAUCGCACACACGUAACUGGAGAGUUGCACGAUCUUGCCUUUGUCCUGUCGGCUUCUUCUACUUGGACGACCCUGACUCUGGCUCAGAUGAAGGCCCCACAGCUAAAGACCAUGUAUCUCAUCCCCUGACAGAUGCCAUCGUAUUUGAGAGGUGGCUUGACCAAGAUAUACGCCACAUACUGUCACCAGAGCUCCUUGACGUUCACAUUGAAUCUAUAUUGUAA